GCAAUAGCUACAGCGACAGCGACAGUGACAGAUUCUGUGACCAUGAGAGACAGAACUAAAGACUGACCCAUGAUUUCUAAGCCCCUUUUCCUGAGGAAGUAGUCAUGUUGGAAGGUCUUGUGGCCUGGGUUCUCAAUACCUAUCUGGGGAAAUAUGUCAGUAACCUGAACACUGACCAACUCUCAGUUGCACUUCUGAAAGGUGCCGUUGAAUUAGAAAACCUCCCAUUAAAGAAGGAUGCUCUGAAAGAACUGGAAUUGCCCUUUGAAGUCAAAGCUGGCUUGAUUGGGAAAGUGACCCUCCAGAUCCCCUUUUACCGCCCACAUGUGGACCCCUGGGUGAUCUCCAUCUCCGGCCUCCACUUAGUUGGUGCCCCUGAGAAAAUCCAGGACUUCAACGAUGAGAAGGAGAAGCUAUUGGAGAGGGAGCGUAAGAAAGCCCUGCUUCAGGCCCUGGAGGACAGAUGGAAGAGUGAGCGGCAGCAGAAGGGGGAGCCUUACUGGUACUCUGUCACUGCCUCAGUCGUCACAAGGAUCGUGGAGAACAUUGAGUUAAAGAUUCAAGAUGUCCAUUUGCGCUUUGAAGAUGGUCUUACCAAUCCCUCUCAUCCUUUCGCGUUUGGCAUCUGCAUUAAGAACGUGUCCAUGCAGAACGCUGCAAAUGAGCCUGUACAGAAACUAAUGCGGAAAAAAAGACUAGAUGUGGCUGAGUUUGGUGUCUAUUGGGAUGUCGAUUGCACUCUAUUGGGGGAUUUGCCUCAGGCGGAGUUACAGGAGGCCAUGGCCAGAAGCAUGGAGAGCCGCAGUCACCACUACAUCCUAGAGCCUGUGUGCGCAUCUGCCCUCUUGAAAAGAAACUGCUCCAAGGAGCCCCUGAGGUCCCGGCACAGCCCUCGGAUUGAAUGUGACAUUCAGCUGGAGACUAUUCCCUUGAAGCUGUCCCAGCUACAGUACCGGCAGAUCAUGGGAUUCCUCAAGGAGCUGGAGCGGAAGGAGAGGCAGGUGAAAUUCCGCAAGUGGAAACCAAAAGUGGCCGUAUCCAAGAACUGUCGAGAAUGGUGGUAUUUUGCCUUGAACGCUAACUUGUAUGAGAUCAGAGAGCAGAGGAAGUGUUGGACCUGGGAUUUCUUGUUGCAUCGUGCCCGAGAUGCUGUGUUUUACACGGACAGAUAUUUCAACAAGUUAAAAGGAGGUGUGCUGUCUGCAGAUGACAAGGAGGAGAUGUGUCGCAUUGAGGAGGAACAGAGCUUUGAGGAACUGAAGAUUCUGCGAGAACUGGUUCAUGACCGAUUUCACAAACAGGAGGAGCUAGCGGAGAGUCUUCGAGAGCCUCAGUUUGAUUCUCCAGGAGCCUCACCUGGUGACCCGGACGCCAGCGGAGGCAGUGGGAUGCUCCAGUACCUGCAGUCCUGGUUUCCAGGGUGGGGAGGCUGGUAUGGACAGCAGAGCCCUGAGGGGAAGGCAGUGGAGGGACUGCCAGCCGAGUCACAUGAGCACUGGACCCCUGAAGAGAUCUUGGGCACCGAGGAGUUUUUUGACCCCACUGUGGAUGCCUCGUGUAUGAACACCUACACAAAGCGAGAUCACGUCUUUGCCAAACUGAACGUGCAGCUCCAGCGGGGCACGGUGACUCUCCUGCACAAGGAGCAGGGUGCUGCUCAUGCCAGCGAGAGCGCGUUCAUGCAGCUUGAGUUCUCAGAUGUCAAACUUCUAGCAGAGUCUCUUCCUCGAAGAAACUCCUCCUUGCUUUUAGUCCGGUUGGGUGGAUUGUUCCUCCGAGAUCUGGCUACGGAAGGAACCAUGUUUCCUCUCCUGGUCUUCCCUAAUCCGCAGAAAGAAGUUGGCAGAGUCUCACAGUCUUUUGGCCUUCAAACUGCAUCGGCAGACAGACAUGAUCAAUACCCUGCUGCAGACCCAGACAAUCCAGUCUUUGAGAUGCUCUAUGAGAGGAACCCAGUGCACAGCCAAUUUGAGAGGCGGCUACAUGUCAGCACGAGGCCCUUGAACAUCAUCUACAACCCACAGGCUAUUAAAAAAGUGGCAGACUUUUUCUACAAGGGAAAGGUUCAUACCUCAGGUUUUGGUUAUCAGUCUGAGCUUGAGUUGAGGGUAGCUGAAGCUGCUCGAAGACAAUAUAACAAGCUGAAGAUGCAGACCAAGGCUGAGAUCCGACAGACUCUUGACCGGUUGCUUGUGGGAGAUUUUAUUGAGGAAAGUAAGCGGUGGACUGUUCGGCUGGACAUUUCUGCCCCUCAGGUGAUAUUUCCAGAUGAUUUCACCUUCAAGAAUCCUGUGCUGGUUGUUUUAGAUCUUGGAAGAAUGCUCCUGACCAACACCCAAGAUUCUAGGAGGAAAAGUGGGGAUGGGUCAGCUUCUGAAGAGAAUCAGUUCAGUGACGAUGAAUAUAAGACCCCCCUUGCCACACCUCCCAGCACCCCACCUCCAGAGCCCACGAGCAGCAACGGGGAGAAAACGCCGCCCUUUUCCAGAGUGGAAUUCAGCGAGGAGCAGCUUCAGGCUCAUCUGAUGAGCACACAGAUGUAUGAGAGGUACUCCUUGACGUUCAUGGACCUCCAGGUCAUGGUGGGCCGUGUGAGAGACAACUGGAAGCGUGUGCAGGACAUCGAUGUGGGGCCAACACACGUGGUGGAGAAGUUCAAUGUCCACCUACAGUUAGAACGUCGGCUGAUUUACACAUCAGACCCCAAGUACCCAGGGGCUGUGCUCUCAGGCAACUUACCAGACUUAAAAAUCCACGUCAAUGAAGACAAGAUAUCUGCUCUAAAGAACUGCUUUGCUCUUCUCACCACAUCCGAAGUGAAACCCUCUGACACCCAGAUCAGAGAGAAGAUUUUCCCCCAGGAAGGACCGAGGGGAAGCUUGCAGGAUUCAGUAAUGAACUUGACCCAGAGCAUUGUGAUGCUGGAGCAGCACACACGGGAGGUGCUGGUGGAGUCACAGCUCCUCCUAGCGGAAUUCAAGGUGAACUGCAUGCAGCUUGGUGUAGAGAGCAGUGGCCGCUACAUCUCCGUGCUCAAAGUGUUUGGCACCAACGCCCACUUCGUGAAGAGGCCAUAUGAUGCUGAAGUCUCCUUGACUGUUCACGGGCUGCUCCUGGUGGACACCAUGCAGACUUAUGGUGCUGAUUUUGACCUUCUGAUGGCUUCACACAAGAACCUGAGUUUUGAUAUUCCCACAGGAAGCCUCCGGGAUAGCAGGGCGCAGUCUCCUGUCCCUGGGUCUAACGUGGCCUUCCUAACUGACGUGGCUGCCCUCAACAACCAAUCGGCCACUAGUGUUUCCCUGGAGAAAAUUCUCUCCAAAGAACAAGAGUCCCUCAUUAAACUGGAGUAUCAGUUUGUGAGUUCAGAGUGCCCAUCCAUGAACUUGGACAGUACACUGCAGGUGAUUUCCCUGCAGGUAAAUAACUUGGAUAUCAUCUUAAACCCAGAGACAAUUGUGGAGCUCAUUGGCUUUCUUCAAAAAUCCUUCCCUAAGGAGAAGGAUGACAUGAGCCCUCAGCCUCUGAUGGCUGACCUUGAAAGAAACUUCAGAGAACAGGGCACGAUGCAGUCGACUUAUGAGCAGAACACUGAGGUCGCUGUGGAGAUCCACAGACUCAACCUCCUGCUGCUCCGGACAGUGGGGAUGGCCGAUGGGGAGAGGCAGGGCAGGAAAAUUGCAACGGCCAGCAUUGGUGGCACCAAAGUGAACUUGUCGAUGGGCAGCUCAUUUGACAUGAGCGGUUCCCUCGGCUGUUUGCAACUCAUGGAUCUGACACAAGAGAACACGAAGAACCAAUAUGUCGUCAGCAUCGGAAACUCCGUGGGCUACGAGAACAUUGUCAGCGACAUUGGCUAUUUUGAAAGCGUGUUCGUCAGGACGGAAGAUGCAGCUCUGACAGAAGCUUUGGGGUUCACAUUUGCUGAGAAAUCAAAGCAGGAGUGUUUUCUGAGCCUCAAGAUGGCAUCCUUGCACUAUAACCACUCCCCUAAAUUCUUGAAGGAGCUGACACUGUCCAUGGAUGAGCUGGAAGAGAAUUUUCGCAGUAUGUUGAAAAGUGCAGCCACCAAAGUCACCACAGUAUUAGCCACCAAGACUGCCGAGUACAGCGAGAUGGUGUCACUCUUCGAAACCCCGAAGAAGACCCGGGAACCCUUUGUCUUGGAGGAGAACGAAAUCUACGGGUUUGGCCUGCCUUCCCCUCGGUCGGACACUGUGAAGCUCAUCUUGAAUAUAAACAUCGAGUCUCCAGUUGUUUCUAUCCCUCGGAGGCCUGGGAGUCCCGAGUUGCUGGUGGGACACUUGGGACAGAUAUUCAUCCAGAAUUUUGUGGCAGGAGAUGAUGAGUCCAGAAGUGACCGGCUGCAGGUGGAAAUCAAAGACAUUAAACUCUAUUCUCUGAAUUGCACUCGGCUGGCAGGCAGAGACGGUGCUGGGCCUGAAGUCAGCCGGACGUUUUACCCACCCUCUGGGUCUGCCAGUGCCAACAGUCAGGAGGAGGCUCACUUCACACGACAUGAUUUCUUUGAAUCUUUGCAUAGAGGCCAAGCCUUUCAUAUCCUCAACAAUACCACCAUCCAGUUUAAACUGGAGAAGAUCCCUAUCGAGAGAGAGUCUGAGCUGACUUUCUCCCUCAGUCCAGAUGACCUGGGGACAGCCAGCAUCAUGAAGAUUGAAGGAAAAUUUGUCAACCCAGUUCAGGUGGUAUUAGCCAAGCACGUGUAUGAGCAGGUUUUACAGACGCUGGACAACCUUGUGUACAGCGAAGAUCUGAAUAAGUUUGUGACCAGUGCUGCAUCCUCCCCCUGCCCUAACUCGCCCUUGCCUCCACUCAGUUCCUGUGGAGAACCUUCUGUGGAGAGGAAGGAGAACGGAUUGUUCAGUCAUUCGAGCUUCUCCAGCACCUCUCAGAAGUCCUUGUCUGUGAAGGAAGCCAAAGCGUUCACUCAGAUUCAAGCCAACUUCUGUAUAUCGGAGCUGCAGGUGCAGCUGAGUGGGGACCUGACUUUGGGGGCCCAAGGGCUGGUGAGCCUAAAGUUCCAGGAUUUUGAGGUGGAGUUCAGUAAAGACCACCCACAGACCUUGUCCAUUCAGAUUGCCCUGCGCUCGCUCCUCAUGGAAGACCUACUGGAGAAGAAUCCAGACUCCAAGUAUAAGAGCCUGAUGGUGUCUCGAGGGGCUCCCAAGCCAUCUAGCUUAUCACAGAAGGAGUAUCUCUCCCAGUCUUGCCCUUCCGUGUCCAGCGUGGAGUAUCCCGACAUGCCCCGGUCUCUCCCUUCCCACAUGGAGGAAGCUCCUAAUGUCUUCCAGUUGUAUCAAAGACCCAUCUCCACAUCCCGGAAAAAGCAAAAGGAAGUUCAGGACAAGAGCUACCCUAUGACCCCACCUCCUUCUCCCACAGUGGACGAGCCCAAGGUGCUUUCUGGAAAAAACAAAUUCGACGAUUCCUUGGUCCACAUCAAUAUAUUCUUGGUGGACAAAAAACACCCAGAAUUCUCUUCCAGUUACAACCGCAUUAACCGAAGCAUCGACGUUGACUUUAACUGCUUGGAUGUGCUGAUCACCCUGCAAACCUGGGUGGUGAUUCUGGACUUUUUUGGGAUUGGCUCCACUGCCGACAACCAUGCCAUGCGGACGCCGCCUGAGGGCCCUCUACAGAGUGUGAAGUCGGAGGCCAGGGCUUCCGUGGAGUCUGAGCUCCAGGAGCCAGUGAACUCCAAGCUGGAUCUCAAGGUUCAUUCGCUUUCUCUUGUGCUGAGCAAGGCCACCAGUGAGCUGGCUAAAGCAAAUGUGUCCAAAUUAGUAGCACACGUGGAGAUGAUUGAGGGAGACCUGGCCUUGCAGGGAAGCAUUGGUAGCCUGUCCCUGAGUGACCUCACACCACAUGGAGACUUCUACAGAGAACGCUUUACCACGAGUGGAGAAGAGGCUCUCAUCUUCCAGACUUUCAAAUAUGGGCAGCCAGAUCCUCUGCUCCAGAGAGAGCAUGACAUUCGCGUGAGCCUCCAGAUGGCCUCUGUGCAGUAUGUGCACACGCAGCGCUUUCAGGCUGAGGUGGUGGCCUUCAUUCAGCACUUCACUCAGCUGCAAGAUGUCUUAGGGCGCCAGCGAGCUGCUCUCGAGGGUCAGACGGUGAGGGACCAGGCGCAGCGAUGCUCCAGGGUUCUUCUGGAUAUUGAGGCUGGUGCCCCUGUGCUUCUCAUCCCAGAAAGUUCCAGAUCAAAUAACCUGAUAGUAGCAAAUUUGGGCAAGUUGAAAGUGAAGAACAAGUUUCUCUUUGCAGGUGUUCCUGGAACCUUUUUACAGGAUAAGGAAUCCGUGCCUUCAGCUUCUCCUACAGGUACACCCAAACACAGCAUGAAAAAGACGACAAGCACAGAGGAUCCCAAGGGGCCGCAUGGACAGGGGCUGUUCAUGAUGCCUCCUGCAGGGAUGGGCCUUGGCAGCCUGAAGAGUGAGUUUGUACCCAGUGCCUCUAUCAAGCAGCGUGGGCAGCAGGCCGUGCCACCUGUUAGCCAAAGUUCCAGCAGCCCAGAAGACCAUGUCUGCCUGCUGGAUUGCAUUGUCGUGGAUCUGCAGGAUAUGGACAUCUUUGCUGCAGAGAGACGUCCCAGAGAGGGCUCUCAAGCCUCCGACAGCAGCAGUGGGGACCUGAUCUUCCCUUCCUAUUUUGUGCGACAGACAGGAGGAAGUCUCUUAACUGAGCCUUGUAGGCUGAAAUUGCAGGUGGAGAGGAAUUUGGACAAAGAAAUAAGCCACACCGUUGCAGACAUAUCUGUCCAUGGCAGUCUGUCAUCCGUGCACUGCUCCCUGGAUCUGUGUAAAUACAAGCUGAUCCGUGGCUUACUAGAGAACAACCUGGGGGAGCCCAUAGAAGAGUUCAUGCGGCCUUACGACCUGCAGGAUCCCAGGAUUCAUACUGUGCUGAGCGGAGAAGUGUACACUUGCAUGUGCUUCCUCAUUGAUAUGGUGAACGUGAGUCUGGAGCUCAAGGAUCCGAAAGGAAAAGAAGGCACUGGCUCCCUAGCCAGAUUUGACUUUAAGAAAUGUAAGCUGCUCUAUGAGAGUUUUUCCAACCAGACCAAGUCCAUUAACCUGGUUUCCCACUCUAUGAUGGCAUUUGACACCCGCUAUGCUGGGCAGAAGCCCAGCCCUGGCAUGACCAAUGUGUUCAACUGUAUCUUUCAGCCAUCCAAGAGCAGCUGCGCCACCCAGGGCUCCAUUCAGAUUGAACUGCAUUUCAGAUCUACAAAGGAUUCCUCUUGUUUCACUGUCGUCCUCAACAAUCUCCGAGUGUUUCUCAUAUUUGACUGGCUGCUGUUGGUCCAUGACUUCCUGCACACUCCCAGUGAUGUUAAGAAGCAGAGUGCCACUCCAGCACGCCACCGCAAUGCCAGCAGUGAAUCUGCUGUCGUCCCCAAAACCGUUAAGAGUGGAGUGGUCACCAAGCGGUCUUCCCUCCCCGUGUCCAAUGAGAGGCACCUGGAAGUCAAAGUCAACGUAACAGGCACGGAAUUUGUGGUUGUUGAAGAUGUGUCCUGCUUUGAUACCAAUGCCAUUAUUCUGAAAGGCACCACGGUGCUCACCUAUAAGCCCCGCUUUGCAGAUCGCCCCUUUUCAGGAAGUUUGUUUGGCAUUGAGGUGUUUUCCUGCCGACUAGGGAAUGAGCAGGACACAGCACUGUCAAUUGUGGAUCCAGUUCAAAUCCAAGUGGAGCUGGUGGGAAACUCUUCUUACCAGAAUAGUUCUGGGCUGAUGGAUGCGUUCAACAGUGAUGAUUUCCCACCCAUCCUAGAGAUUCAGUUACAAGCCCUGGAUAUCAGACUCUCCUAUAAUGAUGUUCAGCUGUUUCUUGCCAUUGCAAAAUCCAUCCCAGAGCAAGCUAGUGCUGCAGCCCCGGACACAGCAGCCUUGGAGGCAGACUCCAUCAGCACUUGCCUCCCAGGGGCAUCUGGAAUUGGAGAGGAUGUCAGAGAGGGGUCAAAACACACCUUAGAUCCUGUCUUGGAGUUGCAGCUGGCUAGACUUCAGGAGCUGGGCUUCAGCAUGGAUGAUUGUCGCAAGGCUCUUCUGGUGUGUCAAGGCCAGCUGAAGAAGGCAGCAAGUUGGCUGUUCAAGAAUGCAGAGCCUCUGAAGUCCCUGUCCCUGGCCUCCAGCAGUAGAGACAGCCCAGGGGCCAUGCCAGCCCCACGCAUCUCUGGAGUGGAGGUCAAGGCCGAGAGCAUAUGCAUCUGCUUCAUCGAUGACUGCAUGGACUGUGACGUGCCCCUUGCUGAGUUUACCUUCUCCCGUCUGAAUUUUCUUCAGCACAUAAGAACUAACCCUGAGGGCUACGCCCACUUCACCCUUUCUGGAGAUUAUUAUAACCGUGCUCUGUCAGGCUGGGAGCCAUUUAUUGAGCCAUGGCCGUGCUCUGUAUCCUGGCAACAACAGGCGGCUAGUCGUCUCCAUCCUCCUCGACUGAAGCUGGAGGCCAAGGCCAAACCCCGCCUGGAUAUCAACAUCACUUCUGUACUGAUUGACCAGUAUGUAAGCACCAAGGAAUCGUGGUUGGCAGAUUACUGCAAAGAAGAGAAGGAAACAGAGUCAGCCAAGUCAGAAGACUGGAUGGGCUCCUCAGUGGAUCCUCCAUGCUUUGGACAAACAGAGGUGAAAACCCCCAAGCGCCGGCAGCCAUUUGUCCCCUUUGCUCUGAGGAACCACACGGGAUGCACGCUGUGGUUUGCCACCCUGACUACCACACCCACCAGGGCUGCACUGUCUCACAGUGGGAGUCCUGGGGUGGUUCCAGAAGGGAAUGGAGCAUUUCUGGAUGAUGCCCAUAACGUCAGUGAGUGGCGAGAAGUACUCACGGGUGAAGAGAUUCCCUUUGAAUUUGAAGCCAGAGGAAAAUUAAGACACAGACAUACCCAUGACCUGCGCAUCCAUCAGCUGCAAGUUCGAGUGAAUGGCUGGGAGCAAGUGAGCCCAGUGUCUGUGGACAAGGUCGGGACCUUCUUCCGGUAUGCAGCACCAGACAAAAAUUCAUCUUCCUCUACGAUUGGCAGCCCAAGCAGCAGAACAAAUAUCAUACAUCCCCAGGUUUAUUUCUCCUCGCUCCCACCUGUGCGGGUGGUAUUCGCCGUCACAAUGGAAGGCAGUGCUCGGAAAGUAAUCACUGUCCGGUCGGCCCUCAUUGUAAAGAACAGACUGGAGACCCCAAUGGAACUACGACUGGACAGUCCCUCAGCUCCUGACAAGCCAGUGGUGCUUCCGGCUAUCAUGCCAGGGGACUCGUUCGCUGUGCCUCUCCACCUCACGUCCUGGAGACUGCAGGCGCGGCCCAAAGGACUGGGUGUGUUUUUCUGCAAGGUUCCCAUUCACUGGACCAACGUAGUGAAGACCGCAGAGGUCAGCAGCAGCAAACGGGAGUGCCAUUCUAUGGACACGGAGAAAAGCCGCUUCUUCAGGUUUUGUGUGGCCAUAAAGAAAGAGAAUUAUCCAGAUUACAUGCCCUCCAACAUAUUUUCCGACAGUGCAAAACAGAUUUUCAGACAGCCGGGGCAUACCAUAUAUCUCCUACCAACAGUGGUUGUAUGCAACUUGCUGCCUUGUGAGCUUGACUUCUAUGUGAAAGGAAUGCCAAUUAAUGGGACCCUUAAGCCUGGCAAAGAGGCAGCCCUCCCCACAGCUGAUACAUCCCAGAAUAUUGAACUGGGGGUGUCACUGGAGAACUUUCCACUCUGUAAAGAAUUGCUCAUCCCACCCGGGACCCAGAACUACAUGGUCAGAAUGCGACUCUAUGACAUCAACCGGCGGCAGCUCAACCUCACCAUCCGCAUUGCAUGUCGCGCAGAAGGAUCCUUAAAGAUCUUCAUUUCUGCGCCAUAUUGGCUCAUCAACAAGACAGGGUUACCACUGAUCUUCAGACAGGACAAUGCAAAGACAGAUGCUGCAGGCCAGUUCGAGGAGCAUGAGUUGGCCCGGAGCCUGAGCCCUCUCCUGUUCUGCUAUGCGGACAAAGAGCAGCCAAACCUCUGCACCAUGAGAAUUGGAAAAGGGAUUCAUCCAGAAGGCAUGCCGGGCUGGUGCCAGGGCUUCUCCCUGGAUGGUGGUAGUGGUGUCCGAGCUUUGAAAGUCAUCCAACAAGGAAACCGCCCAGGGCUCAUCUACAACAUAGGUAUUGAUGUCAAGAAAGGCCGAGGUCGCUAUAUUGACACUUGUAUGGUCAUCUUUGCCCCCCGUUACCUGUUAGACAAUAAAUCAUCUCACAAGCUUGCAUUUGCACAAAGGGAAUUUGCCCGGGGACAGGGAACAGCCAACCCCAGUGGCUACAUUUCCACCUUACCUGGUUCCAGUGUGGUGUUCCACUGGCCUCGCAAUGACUAUGAUCAGCUCUUGUGUGUCAGGCUGAUGGACGUUCCCAAUUGCAUUUGGUCUGGAGGCUUUGAAGUCAACAAGAAUAAUUCCUUCCAUAUCAACAUGAGGGACACCCUGGGAAAAUGCUUCUUCCUCCGAGUGGAAAUUACUCUCCGAGGAGCUACAUAUAGGAUCUCCUUUAGUGACACAGACCAGUUACCACCUCCUUUCAGAAUUGACAACUUCUCCAAGGUUCCUGUUGUCUUCACUCAGCAUGGUGUAGCUGAACCCAGGCUUCGGACUGAAGUGAAGCCCAUGACAUCACUGGAUUAUGCUUGGGAUGAGCCCACCCUCCCGCCCUUCAUCACACUGACCGUGAAGGGGGCAGGCUCCUCGGAGAUCAACUGCAACAUGAACGACUUCCAGAAUCACCGACAGCUGUACUAUGAAAAUUUCAUCUACAUUGCUGCCACGUACACGUUCUCUGGUUUGCAGGAGGGGAAAGGAAGGCCUGUGGCUUCUCACAAGGCAGUUACCUGUGCAGAACUUGUCUUGGAUGUGUCCCCAAAGACACAGAGGGUCAUCCUAAAAAAGAAGGAACCAGGGAAGCGCUCUCAGCUCUGGAGGAUGACAGGGUCAGGAAUGCUGGCCCACGAGGGCUCUGCAGUUCCUCACAACCCCAACAAGCCCUCAGCCACACGGUCCAUCGAGGGGUCCGCCAUCUUGGAUAUUGCUGGCCUGGCCGCUGUGACAGACAACAGAUAUGAGCCACUGAUGCUGAGAAAACCAGACCGCAGACGCAGCACAACACAGACGUGGAGCUUCCGAGAAGGAAAAUUGACCUGUGGCUUGCAUGGGCUGGUUGUUCAGGCCAAAGGAGGACUUUCCGGAUUGUUUGAUGGCGCUGAGGUUGUUCUGGGCCCCGACUCAUCUGUUGAGCUGUUGGGACCAGUUCCACCAGAACAACAGUUUGUUAACCAAAAAAUGAGGCCCGGUUCUGGAAUGUUGUCCAUCAGAGUCAUCCCUGAUGGACCGACUCGAGCACUCCAGAUAGCAGACUUCUGCCAGCGGAAAAGCGAGCGCUCAUCAUAUGACUCGGAGGAACUUCCUGUUACAGAGCAGGAGCUGCGGAAACUGAGGAAUCCAGACACACAGCAGGAGCUGGAAGUCCUUGUGCGGUUGGAAGGUGGAAUUGGAGUCUCUUUAAUUAAUAAAGUCCCAGAAGAAUUGGUCUUUGCAAGCCUUACGGGAAUCAACGUCCACUACACCCAGCUGGCAGCUAGUCACAUGCUUGAGCUCAGCAUACAGGAUGUGCAGGUGGACAAUCAGCUCAUUGGUACCACUCAGCCCUUCAUGCUCUACGUGACGCCCUUGAGCAAUGAGAAUGAGAUCAUUGAGACAGGCCCUGCUGUGCAAGUCAAUGCGGUGAAGUUCCCCAGUAAGAGCGCGCUGACCAACAUCUACAAGCAUCUCAUGGUCACGGCCCAGAGGUUCACAGUGCAAAUCGAGGAGAAACUGCUGCUCAAGCUACUAAGUUUCUUUGGCUACGACCAGGCAGAAUCAGAGGUGGGGAAAUAUGAUGAAAACCUCCAUGAAAAGUCAGUGGAGCAGGGGGGAACCCCAACUCGAUACUACUUUGAGAAUCUCAAGAUCAGCAUACCCCAAAUCAAACUGAGUGUGUUCACAUCCAACAAACUGCCCCUGGACCUCAAGGCCCUGAAAAGCACCCUGGGAUUCCCACUCAUUCGUUUUGAAGAUGCUGUGAUCAAUCUGGACCCAUUCACUCGGGUGCAUCCCUAUGAGACCAAGGAGUUCAUCAUCAAUGACAUCCUUAAGCACUUCCAAGAGGAACUCCUCAGCCAGGCAGCUCGGAUCCUAGGAUCAGUAGACUUCCUUGGCAAUCCCAUGGGCCUUUUGAAUGACGUUUCUGAAGGGGUCACAGGACUGAUAAAGUAUGGAAAUGUCGGGGGCCUCAUAAGAAAUGUUACCCAUGGAGUGUCAAAUUCUGCUGCCAAGUUUGCAGGGACGCUAUCAGAUGGCCUGGGGAAGACAAUGGACAAUCGGCACCAGUCUGAGCGAGAGUACAUCAGGUACCAUGCAGCCACCAGUGGAGAGCACCUCGUGGCCGGCAUCCAUGGCCUGGCUCAUGGUAUCAUUGGUGGGCUGACCAGUGUUAUAACAUCAACAGUGGAAGGUGUGAAAACAGAAGGAGGUGUCAGCGGCUUCAUAUCUGGCCUUGGCAAAGGACUUGUGGGCACUGUGACCAAGCCAGUGGCAGGGGCCCUGGAUUUUGCAUCUGAAACAGCCCAGGCAGUGAGAGACACGGCCACACUCAGCGGUCCCAGGACCCAAGCCCAGAGGGUUCGGAAACCGCGUUGCUGCACUGGCCCCCAGGGGCUGCUUCCUCGAUAUUCUGAGAGCCAGGCAGAAGGACAGGAGCAGCUCUUCAAGCUGACAGACAACAUCCAAGAUGAGUUCUUCAUCGCCGUGGAGGACAUGGAUAGCUACUGCGUGCUCAUCUCAUCCAAGGCCGUGUACUUCCUGAAGAGCGGGGACUACAUAGACCGAGAGGCCAUUUUCCUCGAGGUCAAAUAUGAUGACCUCUACCACUGCCUUGUCUCCAAAGACCAUGGGAAGGUAUAUGUGCAGGUGACCAAGAAAGCUGCGAACUCCAGCAGCGGCGUGUCCAUCCCAGGCCCGUCCCACCAGAAGCCAAUGGUGCACGUGAAAUCAGAGGUCCUUGCUGUCAAGUUGUCACAAGAAAUUAACUAUGCAAAGAGCCUCUACUAUGAGCAGCAGCUCAUGUUAAGACUCUGCGAGAAUCAAGAGCAGUUGGAGCUGGACUCCUGAGGAUACCCGGCUGCUGGAGAGGGGAUGCUCCAGACAGACGCCCAGCCAGGAGGAUGGACGCCCAACUCAUGUUAAGGGGAGCCAGAAGAGGGUUUAGGGGGAGAUAUCAAGGAACAAGGGAAAAGAAAUUCUCACAGGGAAAAAUGUAAACAGAAACCAUAUUAGUUUAUGGGGCAGGGAGUUACUUUAGAUUAUGGGGAAAUAAUUUUUAAAGUAUUGAUUGAAUAACGUUAAAAAGUGUAUUAAGAUGGAUCUAAUUUUUAGAAUGCCCUGUAUUUUGUUAACAUGUAUAUAUGUACAACUGUGUGUUUGUAAAUACAUAGAAGCUGCCAAGCAGGCUGUGUGUGAAGAUUUGUUACCUGUAUAGUAAUGUAAAGUUGGACUGGAUCUUCUGUCACACUAACUCCACACGACUCCUGCAGGGGAGUCUGCGUGGACGGAUGUUUUUGGAUGUUGAAGGGUGCAUUGUGUGAGUUGCAAAUACAGUCAGUGUUCAAGGCUGAGCCUCAGUCACCUAGAUGGGGGCAGAAGCAGAGCCACCGCGGAAAGGACUAGAGGCCGGCGCGGCGCCCAUCUUGGUUCUCACCUGUGUUACAGGGGUUUCAGUUCUCAGGCAAUUCUCUGAUUUGUAUCUCUUGGCUUUCUCUUGCCACUCCACCCAACUAGGAGUUGCUGAGUUUGUGCCCACACACAGCAGCCAUUAGGUUCCCCUCGUGCAGUUUGUGAUUACAGAAGUUUGAAGCAUUGGUGGGCUCCUUGUCAUCAGUGAAAAAAUCCACUUCCCACUGUGUUCUUUUCAAUAAAACCACAUGCUGAUGGCACAACACCAUGGCCUCUUGGGAAGAGGAUGAGGCGGGAGAGAGAGUUCCAGAAAAGGGUGUGAACUGUGAGGCCUGAAGGGUAUACAUGGGAGCUUGGCACCAGGUCCUGAAGCCUGCUAUGGGAGCCAGGGCCUUUCUGGGUCUUGCUUUUCCUGUUUUCCUUUUCUAGAAAGAGUAAGCAAAUAGGAGUCAGAUAAGGGUGGCCCACACUAGAUAGGAGGAGGGUGGGCCUUGCCUCUCACUAGACUGCAACCUUACAGUUUUGGUGGGAGUUUUUGUUGUUUUGUUUUGUUUUGCUUGUUUGCUUUUGAAUAAAGCUAGCCAGUUUCUCCAGUCUUGUUGCACAUGUAGCUGAGAUCCAGGGUGACCCAGUGGGUGUGGGGGAGAUUUUGGUGUUUAUCUCUCAUCCUUCCAGGACAUAAACAAGGCCGGUCUGUGCACACACGUGUGUGCUAGAAUACACGUGUGUGUCCGCCAUGGCACAUCAGCAUCAGUAGGUAAGGGCAGUCCCGAAGGAGCGCUUUAGCUAUAUAGUGUUUUCAAAGAUUUGUCUUCUUGAACUCCAAAUUUGCCAUCUUCCCUGAACUGGACUUGACUUUUGUGGGUUGGGUCUGUGGCUGGCGACUCAUUGCACCCUGGGGAGGGCAGGAUGGUAUCAGUGGCCUUGAUGGAGACCAGUGCCGAGGGGGGUUGGGCUAUCUCCUGACAGACUUCCUCACCAGCCUGGACACCCACACCCACACAAGUCCAGCCUGUGGUCUUGUUAUCAGUAACUCACUGCCUGAGAUCUUGGUCUCUUACAGAGGAGGCUUCAGGAUCAUUGUGACUGUGUGUCACCUGCAGCUUGCUGGGUCAGUCACUUCUGUUGCUAGGGGAAGUCCUCCCUGGACCCCUUAAACUGGGUUUCUCAGUCUGCAGCUGGUGCUUCAGGAGGACCCAAGGAGAAUCAGACACCCUCACACCCUCCCCCUGGUUCCUUUCUAAUUUAUCAGCUCUAAACAGUGGCCCGUCUUCUGCGAUAGCACACCUCUCUCUCUCUCUCUCUCUCUCUCUCUCUCUCUCUCUCUCUCUCUCUCUCUCUCUCUCUCUCUCUCUCUCUGAUAUUUAGCCUUAGAAGGAGCAGAUGGGGUUCGGAGACCAGAUGGGGCAGGGCUGCUGGGUGAAGGGACACCUACUUUGAGUUCUCAGCUCUCCUAGCCCAUCAUCCCUGAUGCCAGGCCUGGGGAAAUUUCCAGGGUUUGUACCAUUGCUUCCUGGCUUGUCAGGACAGAGUCCAAGGCUUUGGAAGAGACAGGCCUUGCCACAGUUCCUGUUUCCUCCUAAGCUGGUACUUAGCCCAUGGCGCCAGAAACUUUGCUGGGACAAUUUCACACUGCCUCAAAUAUAGUUCUUCAGGGAGAAGAUAGUAGACAAGGGAAGCUGGAUAAACAUGCCAGAAGCCACCCCAGUUCCCAUCAGAAAGCCAGCUUGAGAGCAUCCCCACGCCAGGCCUACAUGGAGGGGCCAGAGAGGUAUUGGAUGCUCCUCCCACCUCAGUGUUCAAAAGGGUCCAGGGCCACUUUGUGUUCAAGUGUCAUUUGUGCCUCAAAAUAAAUAAAUGAAAAGCAUCAUAGCUGCUCAGUGGACGGGGAAUAAAAUACCUGGUCCUUCACUAUGUAAACACAGACUGUGCAACCAACCUGCAUACCCCAGAGUUGGCACUGUUCUCCUGUGAAAUAAAAUGUGUUGUUGUCUUCC